UAAAAUGACAAAAAGUUGAAAAUUGACAUUGAACAAUUAUUUUCUGCGAAAAUUGAAAUCACUUUAUGCCAUGAAUCUAUCUUUAUACCACAUAUGUAGCAGCACUUGAGAUCACUUGAGUAUGGCUAAAACUAAAACAACCAAAAGAAAAAAUACAGAAGAAGCGAAUGACAAGAAAACAGCAAAAAAAUUAAGAACUAACCAGAAUUCUAGCAAAAAUAAGUCUUUGCAAACUUCAAUACACAAAUUUACUGUUCCAGCAUCUGAAGUAAAAAGAAAGAGUCUUAUUAGCUCCAAAAAGUUUGAAACAUUAGUAAAGAAAAAGACAUUUACUGGGAAGCAAACCAAGAACUGGAAAGUAAUUCAUCAGUCAACACAAGAAUAUAUCGGUGAAUGUUUAGAAACAGGUGUAAGAAUCAUAUUGUCUAAAGCAACAAAUGAAGGCCAUGAUGUGGACGACCUACAGGAUAAAUUGUCUGAAACAGUAAAAGGUAUUAAAGAUCAGUUGAAAAAACUGAGAGCACCAGUGAAAAGUUAUGGAGACAUCAAGAAAAUUACACAGAUACAGAGAUUAGCUGCAGGAGAAUCGCAGAAUGUUGCUAACCAUGAAGAAAUUCUAGAAGAAGUUGUUAGAGAGGAAGAAAAUACAGUACAGCAGUAUGAAAUGGAACUGAACAGAUUACAGGCAAACAGUAAUGAACAGAUAGAACUCCAUCCAUUUCUGUGUAACUUCAAAGAAGAAUUACACAUACCACCAGUAUCCUAUAGGUAGUGAAUCAUCAUCAUCAGCAAAGAGGAAGGAUUUGUGUGCAAUAACAAGCUUUAAACAUUGUCAGAGUAAGAUGAUUGAUAGAUUGGUUGAUGCAGACCCAAAGAUGACUAUUUUUUCAUGUAAUAUCAGAUGGGAAAUUAAAAAAAAAACAAUAUUAUA